AUGCCGUCCCAGGUGCACGUGGACCCGAUGGCGCGCGCCGCCAGCGAUGCCUCAGAGACGAGCAGCAGCGAGGUGGACAUGGUUGCCGUCAUGAUGGAGAUGACCGUCGCGGAGCGCCGCCGUGUGUACGCACUGCAGGGACUGCUGAAGGAGUACUACGACGUGCGCAAGCGCAUGCGUACCGAGAUUGCGGCGCUCGCCAACGAGUGCGCCGCAGCGAACCAGAAGCUCUUCGCUGCUCGCAAGGAAAUCGUCACGGGCGCUCGCGACAUCACGGCAGAGGAGAUGCAACGCAUCGGUUUUACUGAGACGCCUAUCGCGCCAGAGAAGGACGCGGCGCCUGCCAAGAAGGGCGUGAAGCUUGUUGAUCCGGUGGACGAGAAGCACAACAACGCACUAGUGGAGGCAGCGGCAAGCCCGUCUGGUGGCAUUCCGGCGUUUUGGCUGACCGCCAUGAGCAACUCGGAGGCGGUGAGUAACAUGAUCACGGAAAAAGAUCGCGACGCCCUCAUGCACCUUGCCGACAUCGAGCACAGGUUCGUCGAGGGUGAUCCGGAGAAGGGUGACCGCCUCAUCUUUCACUUUUCUCCCAACGAGUACUUCACAAAUGAGACCCUCACGAAGGAAUACCACACCGAGUACGACGAGGACCACGGCGAGCCGCGCAUCACAACUGUGGUUGGCUGCGACAUCAACUGGAAAUCCUCGAAGAAGAACCUGACGGUGACGGUCAAGCAGAAGAAGCAGCGCAACAAGAAGACUGGCCAGAUGCGCGUCGUGGAGCGCGAAGAGCCGUGCGAGUCCUUCUUCAACUUCUUCUCCCCGCCCGAUCCGGAUGACGAUGAUGACGACGACGACACCGAUGAGGACUUCCUCGAGCAAGAGAUGGAGAUGGAUGUCGAGGUCGGGACGGCGCUGACGCAGGCAGUCGUGCCGCGCGCCAUCUUCUACUACACUGGUGAGGCCGUGGUUGAGACUGGCAAGGAGUUGCGCGAGCAGUUUGGUUUUGGAGAGGAGGACGACGAGGAGACCGACAAAGAUGAGGACGACGAUGAGGACGACGACGAGGAUGACAAUGGCGAUGAGGAUGAGGAGGCAGCUGGCGCAUCGAAGUUUCGCAACAUCGUCCGCCAGCGCGGUGGCGGUGCUGCGUUUGGUCGCCGUGACGGGGGCAAUACUGCUGCAGGUCAGAAGCCACCGCAGCAGGAAUGCAAGCAGCAGUAG